AUGGAGGUUCAGCAGAAGCUAACUCCAUCUCAGAUUCAACGUCUGCGAGCUCAAGUAGCUACCUAUAAGCAUUUGGCACGCAAUGAGCCGGUCCCACCUGGUGUGAUGUCUCAAGCUCUUUGUACUCCGUUACCUGGACCUUACGAGCAGGAAAAGGAAUUGGAGAAUGGAGAAAAGUUGCCAUACGAUUUGAUGAAGGUAUUACAGAUUCAUAAUCAACGUGCUCAGCAUCGUGUUACACAAAUUACUCAGCCGAUCGGAAUUGAUCCGGAUGCUUUGGCCAAGGAACGAGAGAAUAGGUAGGUUAACAUAAUGUUUUGUUGAUUUUUAGGUAUGAAUGGUACUUUUAUUCGAGUUUAUGUUUUUGUGGAGCUUGUCAAGACUGUGAGACAGCUUUGGAAGAUAAAAAAGAUUACCUUUCCACGGUUUUUGUACGAUAUUGUUCAAGUUCUAUGUGUAAUAUCACAUUUUUUCAGGAUCAACAAUCGUAUUCUACUUCGAAUGAAGGCUUUAGAAGAUAUUCCAGUCAAUAUAUCUGAGAAUCUUCGAAUAAAAGCUGAAAUAGAGAUAAGGUCGUUAAGAUUGUUGAAUCUACAAGCUCACGUCCGUAAUGAAGUGCUUGGAUAUUUGAAACGGGAUACCACAUUGGAGACAGCUUUAAACCCAUUGGCUUACAGAAGGACAAAGAAAUUGAACCUUAGAGAAGCCAGAGUUAUGGAAAGACUUGAAAAGCAACAGAAACUUGAACAGGAGAAGAAGAGACGUCAGAGACAUCAUGAUCUUCUUCAGGUAUGUUGUUUUACAUUGGUUUUUUUGUUUUAGGCAUUUUGAUAGGAAGAAAGACUCUUGAUCUUUCUAAUUAUCAAAAGCUUUGCAAAAUGAUAAUUUUUCAUUUUCAGGCUAUUGUCACAGCUUCCCGUGACUUUAAAGAGUUCCAUAGAAACUGCCAGUUGAGACAUCAGAAGGUCAAGAAGGCCGUGGUGACAUACCAUGCUAAUUCAGAACGUGAGCGGAAGAAGGACGAGCUCAGAAACGAGAAGAUGCGUAUGAUGAAGCUGAUGCAAGAGGAUGAUGCUGGUUACAGAGCUUUGUUGGAUGAGAAGAAGGAUCAGCGUUUGGUUUAUCUGCUACAACAAACCGAUGAGUUCGUGGAGAGUUUAACUGGUCUUGUUAGAAAACAUCAACAGGUCGAGAAGAAGAAGAAGCGAGAAGAACGGAAGACCGCUCAGAAGGCGUUGGAUCAACAGAACGCCGAGACUGAUACUGUAAGAGUACUGGUACAGAACUCGGCUACAGGAGAGAUUUUGACUGGAGACAAAGCACCACGAGCUGAUGAGAUUGAACAAUGGCUGGAAGCUCAUCCUGGCUUCGAAGUGAUCUCAAGAGAUGUUGGUACAGAUGACGAAGAAGAUGAUCAGGAGAAAGAGAAGAAGCCUGUUGAGAAGGAGGAAGAACAAGAUGACGAGUUUGAAGGUAUGGAUGAGGAAACAAGGAACAGAAAGAUCAUUGAGAAGGCUAGAAACGAAGAAGAUGAAUAUAAUAGCAAGAAUAAGAAGCAAAUGGAGAGUUACUACGCCACAGCUCAUCGUAUCCGCGAGAAGAUUGUCAAACAACACUCGACCCUCGGCGGAGACAACACUGACCUUCAGCUGAAGCCAUACCAAAUCAAGGGUCUCGAGUGGAUGGUCUCCUUGUACAACAACAACUUGAAUGGUAUUUUGGCCGACGAAAUGGGUCUUGGUAAGACUAUUCAAACCGUUGCCUUGGUUACCUACUUGAUGGAGGUCAAGAAGGUCAAUGGGCCAUACCUGAUCAUUGUGCCCUUGUCUACGAUCUCCAACUGGAACCUGGAGCUAGAAAAGUGGGCUCCACAUGUGGUCAAGGUGGUCUACAAGGGAGAUCGUGAGAUGAGAAAGCGUUUGGAGAGUAAGAUCAGAAGAGGCGAGUUCAAUGUACUGUUGACGACCUACGACUACGUGCUGAAGGAGAAGAGUAUGUUGGGUAAGAUCCGUUGGAAGUACAUGAUCAUCGACGAAGGUCACAGAAUGAAGAAUCACAACUGUAAACUGACAUUGACUUUGAACGCCUACUUCUCGGCUCAGCACCGUCUUCUUUUGACCGGAACCCCACUUCAGAACAAGUUGCCGGAGUUGUGGGCGUUGCUCAACUUCUUGUUGCCAUCCAUCUUCUCGUCUUGUGGUACCUUCGAGCAAUGGUUCAACGCUCCGUUCGCGACAACCGGAGAGAAGGUGGAGCUUAACCAAGAAGAGACCAUGUUGAUCAUUCGACGUCUUCACAAAGUCCUGAGACCUUUCUUGUUGAGAAGAUUGAAGAAGGAGGUCGAAAGUGAGUUGCCGGACAAGACCGAGUAUGUCAUCAAGUGUGACAUGAGCGCACUGCAGAAGAUUGUCUACAGAAGAAUGUUUAAGGAUGGUAUGAUCAUGGGAGAGAACUUUGUAGGUUCUUCUGAAUAUUUUGUUUUGGGUAUUAUAAACGUUUCAUUUUUAGUAUUAUUUAUAUUGUUUUACCUUUUUUUAGGCAUUAAAUUUUAUUUUUUGUUGAAAAAUAUUUUUCAAAGUAAAAAAGUUUAAGUAUGGCACCUUUUCAGAAGCAAAUGUCUCUCCAAAAUAGAAUGGUCCAACUCCGUAAGAUUGCCAACCAUCCCUUCUUGUUCCGCGACGUUGAACACGAGUGCAAACGUCACUGGAAGAUUGACCACAUCACUGGCAAACACUUGAUGAGAGUUUCUGGCAAAUUCGAACUGUUGGACAGAAUCCUCCCCAAGCUGAAGGCCACCGGUCACAGAGUGUUGAUCUUCUCCCAAAUGACCAGUCUGAUCGAUAUCAUGGAGGACUACUUCCUGUGGAAGGAGUACAAGUACAUGAGAUUGGAUGGAUCGACAAAGCACGACGAACGUGGAGAAAUGUUGAAGAAGUUCAACGCUCCAGAUUCCGAUUGCUUCAUCUUCGUACUCUCGACUCGUGCUGGAGGUUUGGGAUUGAAUCUCCAAACCGCCGAUACGGUCAUCAUCUUCGACUCGGAUUGGAACCCUCAUCAAGAUAUGCAGGCUCAGGAUCGUGCUCACAGAAUCGGGCAAACCAAGGAAGUACGAGUGUUGAGAAUGAUCACGGUGAACUCGGUCGAAGAAAAGAUUCUGGCCGCUGCUCGGUUCAAGUUGAAUGUGGACGAGAAGGUCAUUCAAGCUGGUAUGUUCGAUCAACGUUCCACUGGCGAGGAACGACGACAAAUGUUGGAGCAAAUCAUCAAAGCAGAAGAGGAUGAUGACGAUGCUGAUGAAGUUCCAGAAGAUGAAUCCAUCAAUCAAAUGGUCGCUAGAUCUGAGGAGGAAUUUGAAAAGUUCCAGGUAAGUUUAGUUUGGUUUUUAUAGUUAAAUUCACAAAAAAUUUGUGUUAUUUAGGAUUUUUAGGUAAUAUUUUUGAGAUUUUUCAUUUUUUGAAGUUAUAUUUUUAUAAACGUUCAAAGAUAGCUCUCUUUUAAUUAUAUCUAAGUCAAUAUCAACUUAUCUUCGACCUUUUUUCGUUUCUUUCAUAUUGUUUUAAACAUGAAUAUUUUCAGCAAAUGGACAUUGACCGUCGACGCCAAGAAGCAUCUGAAGACAACCGCAAACCUCGACUGGUCGAAGAGAACGAAAUCCCUCAAUCGAUCAUCGAAGAGCCCAAGGAGAAGAAGGAAAGUGCCGAUGCCAACGGCAAAGACUUUUCCUUUGAUUCCGGCCGAAGAAAGAGACGCGAAGUCAACUACGCUCAGGACCUGAUGAGCGACCGUGCUUGGCUACGCGAAAUCGGCGAAGACGUUGAAGAAGAGCCGGUCGAGGAGGAGGAGGAAGAAGUUCCAAAGAAGCGAAGAAAGCGCGAAAAGAUGGAGCAGUCGGAGAAGAAGCGCGGCCGCAAGUCGCGUGGAGACAAGCCCACAAGCUCGACCAAAAUGGAAGACGAAGAAGAAGAAGAUUAA